CACACCUUUGUGGAUUUGAUAAAGUUAUUGGUGAGGGAUUGGGGAUGUUCAAAAACCGAUAGCCAGCUUAAAAUCAAUGUGGGGAUAGAUAAACUCCAUAGGCGAUAAUAUUAUCAGCUCUGAUAGGGGACCUAUUUUCAUGGUAGAUUAAGUCCUCUCACAUGUUUCGCGCUUACUCUUCCAUAACGAAACCAAAGUUUUGCAGUUUUUUACCGUCAAGUGAAGAUUAUUAUUAAAGUCGUGGAUCGGUGAUCUUCCGAUUUUCCUCCGAGUUCCCGAUGUGAACCAUUACAACGCUUUGCGAGUGUUUGGUCAGUGUGGGAAAUGAUUUAAUAAAAAUGUAGCACAGUGUUCAUGCUUUCCCGACCGCCGUGUACGAGUGCCAUCCCGGGGAAAACUUUCGCUAAGACACUGACCGAAUGGCGCGAACGUGUUGCGAGCGGCAGUAACACCAUCCAAAAGCAACGUGAUCCGAUCCGGGUCUGGACCGUUAAUGGUCGUCGUACUCGUUUGGAGCGAAAGCGGAAGGAGAGCUAACCGGUGGCCGACAUUGAAGUGAUGUGGCCCGGAUUGUUGGUGCAGGUUAUUUUGCAUGCAUUCCUCUCCGUUUACGCAUCUGAUAGGUAACAAACGACGUCGGCGAAUUUGUGUAAACAUUUGAUUUUCGUAGCAUCUGUUCCACGAUAUAUGUUGGUGGAUCUUAGGCAUUUGAAUUCUGAUGCGUACGGGAUACACCUGGUGUAUUAUUUUUUUUCUUAACCGUUACGAUUACGUACACGAAGUAUAUAUAUAUAUAUCAAUGUGGAUCCAAAGACUAGGACUAGACGAGAUCAACAUUUUUCUCUGCCACUCAUUCCAACUGUUUGUGGGAGCGAGUGGAGUGUGAAGGCUUGUCCGAAAUUUCCCUUCCAUCUGAAGAAUUCGGCACACGUACGCACGGUGGAUGGUGGUGGGGAGAAGAAGCUCUACUCAAUGAGUUCCACGCGCAUCGACCUCUGGUGGGACGAUAGAAAAAAGCCAGUUCCGCACCGUGGCCCAGUACAGUGCUGGUGUUUGAUCCGAGUGGUCGCGUGUUAAGCCCGUUCGUCCAGCGCGUAUGGAGUGUUAAAUUGAAACGGUGAUCUUCAUGGUAUUAGAAACGCACAAAAUCUGCUGUUAGUUUGUUUUGAAACCGGAUAGACAAGUGAGCGAGUGUGGAAACAGAUCGAAUAGCAAAACGCAUUAUGGCUAUGAGUAAAGCGAUACGGCUAUGUGGCCAUCUUAGGCAGUGGUCUAGUGUACCGUCUCGGAAAGUUAAGCUUCACCCCGGGACUCUGUACAGUGCCACGGUAGUGUCGCCGGAUGUACGUCAGUUAAGUACCAGCAGUACGGUGCAGGAAAAGUUGGCCACCAAGAGCGUCCAGAAGCAUGAUUGGAAUCGGGCCGUCAGUGAGGCGGAAAAGAUCGUUGGAUAUCCGACCUCGUUCUUAAGCCUCCGGUGGUUACUGAGCGAUGAGAUAGCGAACGUGGCGCUGCAUCUACGGAAGUUGGUCGGCAGUAAUCAUCCGCUGCUAAAAACUGCCAAAACUUUGAUCUACAACGACAAAAAUCAACAAGCAUGGGGACUGAUCGUGCUGCUCGUAUCGAAAGCUUCUGGCCAUGUCGCCACAAUUCCCGAUAUGGAACAAGACAAGAGUGCGGGUGUACUUCAUUCACAGCGUGCCCUGGCCGAAGUCACGGAAAUGAUCCGCACUUCGCAUCUUGUGCAUCAGGGCAUGCUCAAUCUGCAAUCGUUCGAUAACGCCGGAAAUGAUCUGAGUGGUGACAGUGAUAUGAUCUUUGGCAACAAGAUCGCUCUGCUCGGUGGUGAUUAUCUGCUUGCCAACGCUUGUCAGCAAGUGGCAACGUUAAGGAACCAAGAUUUGAACAUGCUCAUUUCGUCCGCCUUCCGUGAUCUGGCCGAGUCGAACUUUAUCGGUGAACGUGAUGAACAAAAUAAUCCACUGCCCACCAAGCCGAGCGCACACGCAAAGGAGCUUGCCACCGACGUAAACAGUCUGGAUGAUUUGGGCUUCGGUGACCUCGAGGAUAAUACCGAACCGAUGAAGAUUGACGGUGUUGUGGGCAGUCCGGAAAAGGAAUGGUCACUACGGCACGUGCUCGGAGGGGGUAGUUUGCUUGGGAAAAGCUGCCAAGGAGCGCUGAUGCUUGGCGGUCAUCCAGAGUCCCUACAGAAGCAAGGAUAUCUGUUCGGGAAGCAUCUUUCGUUGGCUUGGCAGGCAUGUAUCGAUAUGCAGCCGUUCUUGUUACCGAAGCUUCCAAUGGGUGCGCAGUUCAGUUUGGUAUCUGCCCCGGUACUUUUCCAGCUGGAGCAUGAUAGUGCACUGUACGAUGAGAUCGAGAAGGGUCGCAAAUCUGUCGACAACAUCGACUACAACAAAGUCCAUGAGGCGGUCCUCGAGGGACCCGGACUGGAGAAGACCAAAAUUCUUCAACGCAAGCACAGCUUAGCGGCAAUGAAGGUACUGAACGAACUGCCGGCUACAGACGCCAGGAGAGCAUUGCAGAAUAUAAUUCUAGCCAUGCAAGAGCUGUAAUGUAACGC